GAGCCCGGCCCGCACUCGUCAAACCCCAGAAAGAAGGGUUUAUGGGUGCUUCCAUUUCAAUUGCCUGCUAUUAUGCCGGUAGUAAUCUUCGUACUUGCUCUUCCCAGCAAUUCAUAAGUUUAAUUAGUAAAUGUGCUUCGUUGGAUCUGCUGAAAUAAUAUUUAUAGCUUAUAGAGGCCCUUUAUUGCCUGGAUUUGGAGAUGGCUUUCUCGAUUUCUAGAAGAGUAUUGCGUGCCUUCGCUCCCAGCGAUGUUUCUUCUCUGUCAUUUUCAUUAUACAACGCAUUUCGUGGUCAUGAUUGUGGUGAUAGCUCGUCGAUGAUGAGAUCCUCUGUCGUUGGAAAGACAUCGUUGGAUGUUUGCCGGAGGUACUCUACUACCAUUUUGACUCCGAAUUCAAGUGAGGGUGCAUUUCCCUUGCAUUUGCUGUCCUGUAAAAGUAAAAGUGUGGCCAUUCCGGAUCGGGAAAUAGGUCUCUCCCAGGAUCUGGUUAUUCCUGUUACGAAUUUUCUGAAUGAAGAUAAAGGCUUUAUGACGUUGGGUGGUGAUGUUUUUGAUGUCCCAAUUAGAAAGGAUAUUAUUCAUCGUGUCGUAAGGUGGCAACUAGCCAAGCGGCGGCAGGGGACACAUUCAACUAAAACCAUAAGUGAGGUUAGUGGGACUGGAAGAAAGCCUUGGCCCCAGAAGGGUACUGGUCGAGCAAGGCAUGGAACACUGCGCGGUGCACAGUUCAGAGGUGGUGCUACCAUGCACGGUCCAAAGCCACGAAGUCAUGCUAUCAAGCUGAAUAAGAAGGUUCGGCGACUAGGACUGAAGAUUGCACUUUCAGCUCGUGCUGCUGAAGGGAAGCUUAUGGUUUUUGAGGAUUUAGAAGUUCCUUCGCACAAGACAAAGAACAUUGUGCACUUUGUGAGUCAAAUGGAGAAUGCUAAGAAAAUUCUGGUGGUUGAUGGCGGUCCUAUUAAUGAGAAGCUGAAGUUGGCCACUCAGAAUUUACAUUAUGUCAACGUAUUGCCAUCCAUUGGUCUGAAUGUUUACAGCAUCCUUCUGCAUGAUACACUAGUAAUGUCACGUGAUGCUGUGAACCGAAUAGUUGAAAGGAUGAGAACUCCAAUCAAUCGCUGAUAGAGCUCGUGCUUACUGACAUCAGAACGGACACUGGGAGUUUCCGUCUACCUCGACUGAAGUCUGUAUUGAACAUGUCGUCUUAAGGUAUUUCUCAUCCCAGGAAAGCACCUUCAGGCGACUAGUUUUUGAACUGGGAUUUCACUCUGUUUAUUGCUUGGGAGAGAACUCGCAUUUUUAGAGCUUAGAUUUUUCACUAGAUUGUUGCUAAGUUUUGGCUACUUUGAUCUAAUUUUCCUUUCUGCUGCUAAUCCCUCACAUGAAAAAGAGGGAUCAUAUCAUAAUUUAGCUUUGAAUAGUUUUGGCUGGCGUUGUCAAAUUGGAAUUAAAUUUAGCUUAAACCAUGUUUUUAUGCCUC